AUGGAUACAUACGAUACGAUAGCCAAUCAGCCGGUCGUUAUCGACAAUGGUUCGGGUGUGAUCAAGGCCGGUUUUGCCGGCGACCAGACGCCGAAAUGUCAUUUUGCAAAUUUUGUCGGACGACCGAAGCACAUCAGAGUGAUGGCUGGCGCCCUCGAAGGCGACUUAUUUAUUGGACCCAAAGCGCAAGAAUACAGGGGUUUAUUAGCACUGAAAUACCCAAUGGAGCAUGGCAUAGUUACCGACUGGAACGAUAUGGAACGGGUGUGGCAGCACAUCUACAGCAAGGAUCAAUUACAGGUUUUCCCAGAGGAACAUCCUGUGCUGCUUACUGAAGCGCCGUUGAAUCCGCUGAAAAAUCGUGAAAAAUCUGCAGAAAUAUUUUUUGAAACGUUUAAUGUGCCGGCGCUGCACAUUCAAAUGCAGGCCGUUCUCUCACUCUAUUCAACGGGUCGCACCACCGGCGUCGUUAUUGACUCGGGCGAUGGCGUAACGCAUGUGGUACCGAUCUUCGAAGGCUUUGCAAUACAACAUGGAAUUGAACGAAUGGAUGUGGCGGGGCGUGAUGUGACAAGAUAUCUUCGUCUACUGCUUCGCAAAGAGGGCGCGAAUUUUCAUCGUUCAUCCGAAUUUGAAAUUGUACGCGAAAUCAAAGAAAACGUGUGUUACAUUGCAGCAAAUGCUGACAAAGAAGAGGGUAGCGAAAACGAAAAGAAAGCAUACAAGCUUCCCGAUGGUUCAGUGCUUGAAAUCGGUCCUGCAAGAUUCCGUGCUGCCGAGGUGCUGUUUCGACCGGACAUCAUUGGUGAAGAAUGGCCUGGUAUUUCAGCAGCUCUUGAUAUGUCCAUAAGGAAAUGUGAAAUUGAUCUGCGCAAGAACUUGUAUAGCAAUAUAGUAUUGAGCGGAGGUUCGACGAUGUUUGCCGGAUUUGGUGAUCGAUUGUUGGCAGAAACGCGUCGACUGGCACCAAAGGAUGUGAAAAUUCGGAUAUCUGCGCCGCAGGAACGAUUAUAUGGCACAUGGAUUGGAGGAUCCAUUUUGGCCAGUCUUGACACAUUCAAGAAAAUGUGGGUUAGCAAGAAAGAGUAUGAGGAUGAAGGAAAGAAAGUCUUACACAGGAAGACAUUCUGA